AUGGAUGGUAAAAGUGAUGGCGGGGGGAAUACCCUUCCUGCCCAUCCCACUGAAGACGAACUGUCCGACGUGGAAACGACAGCCACGGUGACGAAGUACACCGGAACCAUCCCGAAGCGGCCCAGGCGAAAGCGGCCCAGGCGAAAGCGAGCACCGGAGCCCGUACCGCCUAUCCCAUCUCAUCCUAACCCGCCUAAUCCAUCGCCACCAACACCACCAGCACCGUCACCCCCCGCACCACCAAACCCGUUUCUCCCUACCACACCUAAUCCCUCUCCCCCCACACCGCCAAAACCGUCUAAAAAUUUGGUCAAGGGAAAACGCGUGUAA